GUGGUAGAGUUAGUGGGGAGUGUGGAACAGACGAGGGAGAUAUGGAAUGAGCAGUCUCUACGAAAGGGAAAUGGGGUGGGGAAGGAAAUAUCUCUCUAGUUGUGGGUUCGUAUUGUAGGUGGCAGAGGAUGAUAUGCUGGAUGCGGAGGUAUGAGGACCAGGGGAGUCUGAUUUUUGUUCUUGUUGGGGAGAAGGGUGUUUGAGGACAGAAUUGUGGGGAAUGCAAGAGAUGUGGUUGAGGGCAUGUUUGAUCAUAAGAUGGGGGAAGUAGCGGUCCUUGAAGUAGGAGAACAUCUGGGAAGUCCAGGAAUGGGACACUCCAUCUUGAGAGAAAAUGCAGUGGAGGUGGAGGAAUUAGGAGUAUGGAAUCGCAUUCUUGCAGGAGGGUGGGUGAGAGGAGGUGUAGUCCUGUUGCUGUGGGAGUCGGUGAGUUUGAAAUAGAUGUUGGUGUUGAGUUGGUUACCAGAGAUGGAGACAGAGAAGUACAGAAAGGAGAGGGAGAUAUCGGAGAUGGUUCAGAUGAAAUUGAGGUUGUGGCAAAAGGUGUUUAAAAAGAGUUGAUGGACUGCCCAAGCUCCUUUUGGGAGUGCGAGGCAGCACCGAUACAGUCAUCAAUGUAACAUGGAAGAGGUGAGGGAUGGUGCUGGUGUAACAGCAGGAAGGGACCAUUCUACAAAUUGUACAAAGACACAGACUUAGCUCGUACCUAUAGCCACCCCUUAGGCAUGUAGGAAGUGGGAGGAGUUAAAGGAGAAGUUGUUCAGUGUAAGGACAAGUUCUUUUAAGAGGAUGAGGGUGUUGGUGGAGGGUGACUGAUUGGGCUUGUGGGAAAGGAAGACAUGGAGGGCUUUUCGGCCAUCUUGUGUGGAGGAUACAAGUGUACAAGGAUUGGGCGUCCAUGGUGAAGAUGAGGUUUUGAGGUCUAGGGAUUUUGAAGUCUAAGGAUUUUGAAGUCUGGAGGAGGUGGAGGGCAUAGGUGGUGCCCUGACUUAGGUAGGGAGUUUCUGGACCGGGGCAAAAGAGAGACUCGAGGUAAGCGGAGAUGAUUUCAGUGGGGCACAAGCAGGGAGAGACAGUGGGUAGGCCAGUGCAGUCAGGUUUCUAGAUUUUAGGAAGAAUAUAUAAAUAGGCAGUACAAGUUUGGGGAACAAUAAGGUUGGAGGCUGUGGGCAGGACGUCACCUGUGGUGAUCAAGUUACGAAUGGUCUGAGAGAUGAUGGUUUGAUGAUCGGGAAUUGUGUGCGGUAGGAGGUGUUGGAAAGUUGGAACUUGGCCUCCACAAUUUUGAGGUCAGUGCUCCAAACCACUACUAUUCCACCCCACUUAUUCACAGGUUUGAUGGUGAGUUUGGGAAUGGAGCAGAGUGUUGCGCAUUUCGAUUGGGAGAGGUUGGAGUAAGUUAGAGGGGUGGAGACAUUCAGGUGAUUGAUAUUACAACAGCAAUUGGAAAUGAAGACGUGGAGGGAGGGUAGGUGUUUGUGAGGUGGUAUCCAGGAGUACGGGUUGUGAUCAAGGCAGGAGAAGGGGUCUGCAGAGGGUGGAUUAAAUUCCCGAUCAAAGAAAUAGGUGCAAGAGGUGCAAGCAGCGGUAAAAGAGUUCGCCAUCCAGACGUGAAUGGAAUUCAUAGAUGUGUGGGCGUGGGGGAAUGAAGUGAUUGCAGGGAGAUCUUUUGUUGAGCAUAAUUGCACCAAUCAACAUGACAUGAACAAUCAGCUCACCGUUGAGCUCCUCAGCAUUGCUGUGUCCGUUUCGACCUUCCUGCUCCUCAUCCUGAUCUUGGCUUACCAUGUACGGGAUAUCCAGCUCUUCACCAUCGACGAAGGGAUCCGAGAAUGGCGAGUGGCGCUGAGUGGGCAGCGGAAACUGCAAUUGACCCUUGAGCUGCUGGUGUGCUCCCUGCACCCAUUUCCGCUGGCAUUCCAAGGCUCCUCGGCCAAGGAUGAUACUCAGCUUCCCGUCUCUGUUAUCGUCCUGUCCAACCUCAUGUUCCUGCGUGUCUACCUGGUGCCGCGAGCGCUCUUCAUGAGCAGCAGUGUCCUGAACCCUUCCUACCAGACCAUCGGUUCCCUCAACAAAAUCAACCUCAGGUUCCACUUUGUGCUCAAGGUGCUCAUGGACCGUUGCCCCGGGAAGACCCUCCUCCUCUUUGUCCUCUUCGUCUGGUGCACGGCGUCCUGGGCGGUCAGCCUAUGCGAGAGGCAUUCUCACAACAACAGCACGAACAAUAUUAUCAACUCCAUGUGGCUUAUCCCUAUCACCUUCCUCACCAUUGGCUAUGGAGACACAGUUCCUGUUACAAUGUGCGGGAAAUUCAUCUGCCUCAUCACUGGACUUACGGGAGUCAGCUGUACGGCCCUGUUCAUCACUGUGAUCGCCAAGAAACUGGAGUUCGACAAAGAUGAGAAACACGUCCAUCAUUUCAUGCUGGAUAUCCAACUCACUAAGGAGGUGCAGAAAGUUGCAGCUGAUCUGAUUGGAGUGAGCUGGUUGCUAUACAAGCACAGGAAGAGCAGGAACAUGCGGAAGAUUAGGAAAUGCCACCGGGAUGUCCUCGCUACAGUCUGCCGGUUCCGCAAAAUUAAGUUGAAACGGAGGAAGCUCCAGGAGCAGGUCAGCACAAUGAUGGACAUCUCAAAGAUGCAGCUUCUCUUGCAAGACAUGAAUACCAGAAUGAUCGAGUCGUACACCGAGAUGGAGAGGAGCCUUGCAGCCUUGGCGACCAAGGUCGAUAGUCUGGCUGUGGGUUUUGAGGAGUUACCCCGUCUGAUCUGUGACACUUUCAACAGGCAAAAGAUAGGAUGAGGACAGCCCCUGGUGCCUGACCUGGCAGAUUGGUACGUGGGCACUCAAUGGGCGUGGUCCGGGGGCUUGGAGUCGCUGACAAACUGUAAAGGGCUCCAGAUUUCCUUUUGUCCUUCCAUGCUGAGGUCACACCUUCUGUAUCGCAAUCGAAACCUUCUGGAACAUUCUCAGGGGAAAAACCUGAGCCGAGCUCCUGGCCAUCCUGAGGAGAACAUUAAAGUCAGAGACCCACUCACCCACAAAAUGAAGCCAGCUCAUCGUAAUGGCCAUGAAAUUGCCUCAGAAUUUCUCGACUCUCCUUGGUCAAACUCUCAGGCUCAGUGAUGAUGUUUGGAGGGCUUAUUUCUUUCAUUGAGCCCUGGACCCCACCCUUUCCCUUCAGCCCUCUUGAAAGCUCCUGAUGGGUUUCACUUCCGGGCAGAAUGAAGGAACAUGAGGGACUGCAUUUCACUAGCGCCUUGCACUGCCUCAGCACAACCCUAAAGCAGCCUGGGAGGACUUCCUGUGGAUGUGUGGCCUCAUGAAUGGGAACAUGGCAGGCAUUUAGUGUACAGCAAGCUCUCACACAAUGGCAAGGUGACCCAGAUCAUCCACUUGCCAGGAACAAGGGUUGACAACUGCAGGCCUCAGUACAUCAAGAACUUCCCCACCUCAAUGCUCUUCAUCCAAAUCAUUGUGUUUUAUUCGCUCAUGGGGACCUUGCUGGCUGGGUAAAUAUUUAUCUCUCUGUCCCUAGUUGCCUCCUUGAGAAGGUGGGGGUGAGCUGCCGUCUUGAGAUGCUGCAGUCCCCAUGUGCUGUGGGUUGACACACAAUGCCCCUUAGGGAGGCAAUUCCAGGGUUUUGACCCAGUGACAGGGAAGGAACAGUGAUUAUAUUUCCAAGUCAGGAUGGGGAGUGGCUCGGAGGGCAAUCUGAACCCAUAAUCCGUUGGCUUUGAGAAUCACUGUGCACCACUUGGCCUUUAUCGAUCUAUGGCGAUGAGCAUGGCUGUUCAACCUUGGUGUGCAUCGUCCCAUGGCUUUUGUCAUGACACCAGGACAAACCUGCUGAUAAAGAUUGAUUUGUACUGCUGACCCUGACCUCAGCUUUCACACCGUAUCCCUGACCCUGGCAAAACUGUGUCCAAACCCACUAAGGUCCAACACUGAGGUCCAAACAAAUUGCAGUGUUUGGCUCACAAACAGACAUUUGGUUUGUCUCCAUUUACUGCAGGGCUGGUGAACAUGUGAAGGCUGCACAGCGCAGGAACAGGCCAUUUAGCCCUUUGCUCAGAGCUGGUUUUUCUGCUCCACUCUUCUUUUUCACUUGCCCCCAUCCCCAGUUCCUUCUCUCCUUUUGGCCCUCGUGCAUCUAUCCAGGGUCUCCACUCCCCUCCCCAUAACUUGACAUGAUUGGCCUCCAGUGAGGCCUAUCUUCUGUCCCCACUCCCUGCGGGCCUGAGUCCCACAUUCCCACCACCCCACCGUCCCACACUCCCUCCUCAUUCCCUGUGGGAGUGAGCCCCAAAUUCCUCCUCCAUUCCCUGUGAGAGCGAAUCCCAUAUUCCCACUGCACUCCCCUCCCCCCACUUCUGGUGAGUCCCACGGUCCCUCCUCAUUCCCUAUGGUAGUGAGUCCCACUAUCUCUGCUCAUUCCCUGUGGGAAUGAGUCCCACAUUCCCCUCCAUACCUUGUGGGAUUGAGUCCCAUAUUCCAUGCUCAUUCCCUGUGGGAGUCCCACACUCCCUCCUCACUCCCUCUUGGAGUGGGUUCUACAUCCCCCCGCCCCAGCCCCGUGCUCCCUGUGGGACCCUGUCCCACAUUCCCCACCACACCCUGUAGGAGGAUGUCCCUCAUCCCAACCCUCCUUCACUCCCUCGGGGAAGACAUUUCUCCUGAAUUCCCCAUUGGAUUUAUUUGGACCAUCUUCUAUCGUUGCCCUCUCAUCCUGGUCUCCCAUCCUCAUAAUUGGAAACAUCUUCUUCAUGACUGUCCUCCUGAAACGUCUCAGAUUUAUAAAGGCCUCAGUCCGGUCUCCCAUCAGCCACCUCUUGAUCGGAAAAGCGACAGAAUGUCUGCCCAGAAUUAUUGCGAACUGCAGAUGCUGGAGAAUCCGAGAUAACAAAGUGUGGGGCUGGAUGAACACAGCAAGAUGCUGCUUGGCCUGCUGUGUUCAUCCAGCCCCAGACUUUGUUAUCUCAGAAUGUCUGUCCAUUCGCUCUUCUCUGUCAAUUUUGACCUCUCACCUCUGUCACCCUUGCUUACUCCCUCCCAUUUGCCUCUCUGUUAUUUCUUCAAUGUGGUGUGCCACUAGAAAAGCUCGAGACGGUUACCCCUGUCCAACUGCCCUUGACCUAAAGGCUUGAUUGGCCAUUUCCAAUGGUUGUUAGAGCCACCCACAUCACUGUGGGUCUGGAGUCACACAUAGACCAGACCAGGUAGGGACAGCAGAUUUCCAUCCCUAGAGGGCAUUCGUGAACCAGUUGGGCGUUUACAGCAAUCGGUGAUAGUUUCACAAUGAAAUUUAUCUCAUUGGUUUUCAUUCAAUGGCCUCACCUUCUACCAUCUACAGUGCCUUCUCCAUGUUUACAUAAUUAUGCAUUUUUUGUAUGCUUUAUGUCAAUGUGUAACUACAACUGGAUAUAAUUAUAACUUCAUCGUUUUGUUACAAUUUACAGAGGAUCCAAUUCAGUCGUGCUCCAUGGGCUGUGAUAACAUGUUAGGUUUUGGGAGACUUCCCCCAGAACCAAUCAGAAUCACAGAAUUGUUACCGAGCCAAUGGUCCAUUCCCUGGCCUUCUCCCUGUAACCCCGCACUUUUCAGAUAUCCCCUCUACAGAAUUCCCCGGAACCACCCUCCCAGGCUAGGCCUGAGUCACUCGCUGCCCCCACAACAUUUUUGGUUGGGGAUGGGGAGUUGUCACUUUCUUGGCCAAUUUCCCUGAACUUCUCUGUUGCCUCAUCUUCUUGAACCCUUGGCGAAUGGGAACUGUUUGUCCCUGUCCACGCUGUCCAGACCUAUCCCCCAACUCCUCAUGAGCUCGAAUGCCUCGACCUGAUCUGCUCUCCACUUUCUCCCCUCCAUUUGGCCAUCAGGCGUGGGAGCAGAGUAGGCUGUUCGGCCCAUAGAAUCCCCUCCACCUUUCACAGCUGAUCUGCCGACCCUCAAAUCCACUUUCCGAUCUUUUUUCCUCACUGAUUUAAAACCUGUCCUUGAAUAUGCUUAACAACCCAGCUGCGACAGACUUCUGCGAUGAAGAAUUCCAUAGAUUCACCAAACCCAAGAGAAGAAAUUCCACCUCUUAUUGGGUGACCUCUUAUUCUGAGAUGAUACCCUCUGGAACUAAACUGUCCCACAAGGAGAAACAACCUCUCCACAUAUCUCCUGUCAAGUCCCCUCUGAAUUAAGAGUUGAUCUUCCAAAACUUCAAUGAGUACAGGCCCAACCAACUCAACCUCUCCCCAUAAUACCGUCCCCUCCAUACUUAAUGAAUCUUCUCUAGACUGCAUCCCAUUUUUACACUCCAUUUCCUUUGGUUUACAGGCCAUCGUUCCAUUGGCUAUUUUUUUUUUAAUUGGCACUAACCUUUUGCCAAUCCUGGAUCAUGACUCCCAAAUCCCUCUCUGCUGCAGGCUUUCAUAGUGACAUAGAAUCUCUACAGAGUGCGGAGGUCAGCCAUUCGGCCCGUCAAGUCCACACUGAUCUUCUGAAGAGCAUCCCACCCCAUCCCUGUAAUUCCCACCGCUAAUCCACCCAGCCUGCACACUAUGGGUCAAUUUAGCACAGCCAAUCACACCUUUGGACUGUGGGAGGAAAACGGACCCCAUGGAGGAAACCCACGCAGACACGGGGAGAAUGUGCAAACUCCAUACAGUCAGUCGCCCGAGGGUGGAAUCGAACCCAGGCCCCUGGCGGGCAGCAGUUCUCUAACUACUGUGCCACUGUGUCACCUUUAAGUCUGGGAUGAGUCUGGAUGGGGUGCUCUUUGGGAGGGGUGGUGUGGAUUCCAUGGAUUCUCUGAGGGGGAGAAUUUGCCUUUGACUCAGUAAGUUGUUGUUGUAGCUUAGGACAUGCUGCCUGUACAGGAGCUAAUUCAACAGGAAAUUUCGAAAGGAGUAGUUGUGUCAGAGGAAAUACUGGAUGGGGAUAUAUUUU